AUGGACCCAACCAAGUUCGGCAUCUCGUCCAUCCCCCUGAACCACGCCCCGUACGGGCCCAUCACCGACGACAAGCUCAAGGGACUGAAUCAGGGCAAGGUUGCUCUCGUCACGGGCGGUGCCAGAGGCAUCGGACGAGCCAUCUCCGAGAAACUGGCCCUCUCGGGCGCCAACGUCGCCAUCCUCGACCUGCUCGAGCACGAACUGGCCGAAAGCAAGGCCCGGUGCGAGACGCACGGCGGCACCGUCAAGACGUAUGUCGUCGAUGUCACGGACGUGGAGGGACUGAGAGCCGUCUUGAAGCGGGCCGAGGAGGAUCUGGGGCCGAUCGAUAUCCUCGUCAACAACGCCGGUGUAUCGCCCGGGAGACCGCAGUGGAUGGAGAGUUUCGAGGAGUUUUGGCGGACUAUCGAGAUUAAUUUCAAGAGCGCAAUGGUCACGACCUGGGCUCUGCUCCCACAACUCCGCGAACGCAAAUCCGGCGUCAUCAUCAACAUCGCGUCGCGGGCCGCCACCGUGGACUUCCCCUUUGCCAUCGGCUACAACUCGUCCAAGGCCGCCGUCGCCCGCGCCACGUCCACCUUGCAGGAGGAGAUCGAGCUCGACGGCCUGGGCGACGGGAUCCAGAUGUACGCGCUGCACCCGGGCGGCGUGCCCACGGCGAUGGCGAAAUCCGAAGUCCGCAUGGACCUCCUCGAACGCUACCCGUCGCUCACACAGCACGGAACCGACUUCCAGGCCCUGUUCAAGGACCCGCCCGAGCUGUGCGGCGCCACCUGCGCGUACCUGGCCGCCGGCAAGGCCAAGGAGCUGCGCGGCAUGUACUGGGACUGUCGGCAGGACAUUGAGUGCGUGGUCCGCUAUGGCAGAGAGAGGCUCGUCAAGGAAGGCAAGUAUGUCCUCACGAUGGAGUUUAUUGAUGGGUACGAGAAUGAGCCGUAA